AGUUUACAGCUUCGCAGUUGGCGCACUCCCACUGGCGAACGCUACCAUCCUGCCUGCGCGUUGACUUUCGGUUACAAUAAAAGCAAACGAGAGGUCGACCCAGCGAGGAAGCCAUGCGUUCUAUGCAUCUAGUUCCGUUGUAUGGACAGAAAAAUCGCAAAUAUUCGCAGGCUUUGUGUUCCAACUUUUGUUGAUUCUGCCGUAUUCCCAGUCAGUCUGUUGAUGAACCACCGCCCGGGGGUGGCUGUAGGGGUGGUAGGCGGUGAAGCGCACUGCGUCAACUUAGCGUCAGGUCAAGGUGGUGCUGUAGCUUUGCGGCUCAUACACAGCUCCAGCCAGGAACACAACUUUCUCAUAUGCAGGAUGGCGUCGAGCACUCCAUCACCCACCCAAUUAAUACACGCGUACAGACACUUGUACAAGGCCCUGCUGCAUGCAGUUAGAUAUUCGAAACCUAGCCGCUAUGUUGUUCGAGAUGAGCUCCGCUCCGCCUUUCGAAAGUCCGAUCCACGCGCAUACGAUGGAGGGAAAAUUGCUCGAACACUCGAGUUUAUUGAAGGCGCUGGCAGGGAAAAAGGCAUAGAAAACCAGAUAUUGAAGAAUAUGUGUCAGACGGAGCAUAUGAGAAAGUACAUCGCCACGACUGCGACGCAUAGGUCAAAAGGACUGGCUGGGGCUGCUAAAGCGAAGUCAUUCGAACAUUACAACAGCACAAUUGCAAUGCUGAAUGAUAGCAUGGGCAUGUGUUUACCAGUGCACUGAAAUAAUGCAGCAUGACCAGAUCCGUGAUAUACAAGACGCCAGAAAGGGAACAACACCAGGCCAGCCAAGUCCAACCAAAGCAGAGAACACCAUAAUUGCUUGGACAACAAACUCAAAAGGGCAGGAAAUAUGUCCAUAGUUUGGCCUGCCGUGUCAACGCUACGCAAUAUGGUUGUGGCCAGGAACCUCACCACGGAUCCAGAGCCAACAACUCGUCAGACACUGGCCGGAUAGACACAAAAUUCUACACCAAUGGCUGUACACCUAUAUUGGUGGAAGACCAGCAACUUGGCCAUAUGCCCUCUUCAAUUGGAGUGAUCUGAGGAGGCGGCAUGGGCACAGCUAUCCUCCUGCAGGCGAUCAAGUUAAGAUGAAUACAUCCGGACGAUAACUGCAAUAUCAUAGGCAAUUGCCUCCGAGAAUAACCCUGCCGGGCGUCCCAAACCAAUACUCUAAUGUAAGAUUAUAAUAAAUGUAGAUUAUCAUAAUAUCAAAC